CAGAGUUGCGUUUUGUAGGCGGGGCUUAAGAGUCAUUGCUGGUAAACCACGUGACCAAACGCGGAACUUCAGUAAACAGCGAAAGCCUCGGAAGUCAUGUCUCAUUAAGUUGCUGUUCAUUAUAAUCUCACAUCCGUCCUGCGAUUUUUAAACACGAAAUACUGUCCCGAUGGCCAGCGCUCCUCCGAUGGAGUCCUCUGUUCCGCUCGGCUUCGCCCCUCCGCCUCCGUCUUAUGAUGAAGCUACGGGCUCAGGAGGCAUUUACCCACAAGGCAUUUACCCACAAGGCACUGCGCUUUCUCCUCCCCCGCAACCUCCGAUGGAGAAAGCUGCAUCGCCUUAUCCCCCACAAGCUUAUGCACAAAUGUACCCGAGCCCUCAACCUGUACCCACUGUUCAACCCUUGGUUUCCGUGCAGACGGUGUACGUGCAGCCGACUGCGUUUGGAGAUGUUCCAGUGCAGACAUGUUGCCCCAUGUGCUCUCAGACUGUGAUAACUCGCAUGGAACACACUUCAGGCACCAUGGCCUGGCUGGUGUGUGCAGGCCUGUGCAUUAUUGGCUGUAUGUAUGGGUGUUGCCUGAUCCCCUUCUGCGUGGACGGCCUGAAGGACGUGACGCACUUUUGCCCCAAUUGCAACAAUCCUAUCGGUUCGUUCAAACGGCUCUAAUGUAGAAACAGGAACUGAGCACAAAUCCACUCUCUGUUUUUGUAUUCUUUGAAUUCCUGCAUUUCUUAUUACUGCAAAAGUAUAAUUAACUCUUUACUCAUUUCUACCAUCCAAUAUAAUAAUAUCCAACUUAUUAUUCGUCCACUUUCUUUGCACGGUGCCUCUAUACGAUAAUGUUAUAAACCACAAUAUUGUUAGUUAUUACUUGUUUAAAAACAAAUGACAUUUGUCACUAGGUAAUGUUUUAUUCACCGAAGAUGUUCUUCAGUUAAAAGUUACUUACAUUUUUACAUUUGUGUCCCUUGGUUUUUAUAACUGCACACUUAAAAUCCCCCUCUUGCCAUAUCUUUACUCAUAAACCUUCUCCACGACAAAUAAUGAAUAAAACUGCAAGUGCCUUUAAUAGUUUAAUUAACAAUAACAUGUUUUGCCUCUUUUUUUUUCACUUUAUUCUUAUAACAGUGUUUUGUCACAAUGCUUCACUAUGUUUAUUGAAAGUUAUAUGUAAGUACUUCUAAUAUAAAGGGCACACAAAAUUAAUAAACAAUUUAU